AGGAAAUAGAAAUGAUAUGAUUUUGUAAAACAAAAAUUUUAUUAAUACGACGUAAACGAUUAAUGGCUCUAGCUGGCUUUAUUGUUCAUCUAAUCUUCACACCAGCAUGCUCAGCGCAAUGUGAAGGUCAUGGCAGAUACAGGGAGUGCUGUUCUGGAUACAAAUGGGAUGAAAUUUUCAAAAACUGCACAAAAUGUAGGCCUGGAUAUUUUGGUGUAAACUGUGCCCAGUCAUGUGCUUACCCUAGCUAUGGAGACGGCUGUCAACAAGAGUGUAAAUGUCAGAGGGAGGAGUGUAGUGUGUCCUCAGGAUGUACAGGGGAAACAACUACUUACCUUCACACAACAAAACAGACCACCAUGAAAACCGAGAUGUCAACAGUAAACAGAAUCUUCUUAUCCACGUCCACCAUCACAGAAAAAGAUGCAGGAAUUUACACUUCCAGUAGAAGUGUUACACAAAAAAUCACCAGCAACUCUCCUCAAACUUUAUUUACCACUCAAAACUUUUUGAUAAUGGGUAUAUUUGGAGUGGGGUUAAUCUUGUUAACCCUUUGCAUUGUAUUCUUGUGUAAGUGUAUUUGCAGAAAGUUUUCGUCAAAACGACGCCUACGGUCAAAAACAGAUGCAAAGUGCCCAAAUAGUGCCUUAGAAGAAAUCCAUUAUGAAGAAAUAUCUAACAUUUCAAUUGCACAAAAUACGGGGUUUAGCUAUUCUCCUCUACAGCAAAAUGAAUCGGAAGACCGGAAUAAAAGUUUACAAAAUUCAUCACCCUUUCUCGAAAAUUCAUUGGAAAAAUCCACGGAGAAGAUUGCAUUAGAUGACUAUGAAAACACUAUGAACUCCACAGUGUCUGAUCCACAGAAUCAACAGGUGCCCGUUACAGACUCGGGAUCAACAGAUUUGGAAGGAUAUCAGCUACCACACAACUCUUCUAUCGAUGGAGCAAGCGGUUCUAUAGAGGAAGAUUGUGUAAAGGAAGAACCAUACUGUAACGAAAGGAGUGACUAUUUGACAGUGAUUUCUACUAAGAUAUAAAAGUACUAAUUGUCCGAUGUGCCCCUUCUCCCAAGUCUGUAGAAAAACCAUUUUUACCAACAACCCAACAGACUGGUCAGCGGAUUCUCAAAAUUGCAAUUGAACGAAUUUCUGUUGUCUAUCAAUUUAUGUCAAGUUCAAUAGAUCAAAUUAGAUAGAUGUUAUUUUUCAGGAUAAAUUAAGAACUUUACUUUUAUUUUAUCCAGUAUAAGCAUUAGUUCACUUCCAAGUUGUACACAGUCUCUGAUCAAGACUGCUUAUAAGACAAAUUUAUUUUUAAUGAUAUUUUUUACUCACAAUGUUGACUGCGCAGAAUUUAAUUUACGCGUGCAAGGUUCACUUUUAUAUGCAUUUGUAUAAAACAUCCAGUAUAAUAAAAAUACUUUAAUGUAAAAUGGAUGAAUCUGAUUCGUCGAGAAACAUUUGUUAAAGAACACUAUUAUCCGAUGAUAAAUGAAGCCAUUCCUUCCAGCGAAGCAUCAGUCAACAUUGCUUGUCGAUGAGUGAUAUUCCCAAAAAUGUUGAAUGCGUAGAAUUUAUGAACUCAAGAUUCACUAUAUAGUAUGUAUUGGUAUGAAAAUGAUAAAUAUUGCAUGUAGUUCAGUGUAACAUUUAAGAUUUUUUGCCCCUCGUUGCACCUCGGUAGACAAUUGUUUAAUUUCCUUGGGGUGAAAAUUUUCAUUGUUACACUUGUCAGUUGUCACAGCCGCACUAUAUUUGUUACUCAAUAAAUAACAAAACAGCU